AUGUCGUUCAAUCUUGUUUAUAGAAAAGCAUGUCACCUCCCUGUAGAGCUAGAGUAUAAAGCACAAUGGGCUAUUAAGGAGAUGAACUUGGACUUUAAGGCAGCUGGAGAAAGAAGAAUGCUUCAAAUGCACGAAUUAGAAGAAAUCUGCCAUAAUGCCUAUGAAAACUCCAAGAUAUACAAGGAGAAGACAAAGGCAUAUCACGAUAGAAGGAUUAUACAUCAGUCUUUUGCUCCAAAUGACAGGGUUCUUCUUUUCAAUUCUCGCCUUAAGCUUUUUACAGGAAAGCUGCGAUCUAGAUGGUCUGGACCUUUCACAGUAAAGGAAGUCAAACCAUAUGGAACACUCAUUCUUUGGGGUAAGAAAGGAGAUACAUUUGUCUUUAACGGACAGCGUGUAAAACCAUACCUCACAGAAGAAGAAGGAAGAGAAGCAAUGCUCUUGGCAGACCCGCCAGGCUAA